GCUCUCGUUGUUCAAAGCUCGCCCUCUCUCUCUCUCUCUCAACUCUUUCCUCUUCUCCGCAACGACGAAGGCUUCGAAGGACGAAGCAGAGGAGUGAUGCUUUCGAUCGAUCGACCAGUGCGCCAAUCCGACUACAAUCGUUUCUCCUCCACCACCCCCAUCGUCAUCGACAAUGGUGGCUCCCAUUUUCGCAUAGGAUGGGCUGGGGAGUCGGAUCCCCGUGUCAUUUUCCGCAACACCGUCCAGAGGCCACGGCAUAGGGCCACUGGUGAAACCACCACCAUUGUUGGUGAUCAUGAUCCAGCGUUGAUUAAAUAUUUUGAUUGCACACGGUCAUCUUCCCGCUCACCCUUUGAUAGCAAUGUUGUCUAUCAAUUUGAGAUCAUGGAAUAUGUCCUUGAUUAUGGUUUUGAGCGACUAGGUGCUCAAGGAAUUCAGGUGGACCAUCCCAUACUGAUGACUGAAUGUCCAUGCAACCCAGUCAGUUCUCGAAGUAAAAUGGCCGAACUACUUUUUGAGACAUAUGGUGUCCGUUCCAUAGCUUUUGGUGUUGAUGCGGCAUUCAGCUACAAGUUCAAUCAGCAGCUUGGGAUUUGUGAUGAAGAUGGUCUUGUUGUUUGUUCAGGGCUGACAACAAGCCAUGUGUUUCCAUUUAUAAGGGGAGAACCUGUCCUGGAUGCAUGUUGCAGAACAAACAUUGGUGGAUAUCAUGUCACUGACUAUCUGAAGCAGCUUCUUUCACUUAAAUAUCCUCAGCACAUGUCUAGCAUCACCUGGGAGAAGGCUGAGGAUAUGAAGAUGGAGCAUUGUUAUGUUGCUGAAGAUUAUUUGUCUGAAUUGGAAUUAUUUCAGAAAAAAACAAAGGAAGCUGAAGAGAAAACCAGGUGUUGGCAGCUACCAUGGGUUCCUCCUCCACAAGAAGAAUCUCCAACAGAAGAAGAACUGGCUAGAAAGGCAGCUUUGAAAGAAAAACAAGGGCAACGUCUUCGAGACAUGGCUGCAGCUAAAAGAUCUGUACGGAUAAUGGAGCUGGAAAAUGAACUACGUGGUUUGGAAGACUUAGUGCAGGAGCUUGAUGAAAUGGAUGAACAUGAAAUUUCAUCAUUCCUGUCCAACACAGUAUAUUCAUCCAGGCUAGAAAUUGAAUCCGCUCUUCAGAAAGUUUCACAAUCUUUACGCAAAGCAAGAGGUGAGCCUAGUGAUAGUGAGGAGAGGGUUGAUGUUUUGUCAGCUGAGAAAUUUCCUUUGAUUGGGAUCCCUGAUGAAAAGCUGACUCCAGAACAGUUAAAAGAGAAAAGGCGACAAACAUUUAUAAAGACCAUGUCUGAAGGUAGGUCACGGGCUAAACAAAAGCGUGCUGACGAAGAAACACAGAAGGAGAAACAAAUUCAUCAAGAUGAAGAAAAACGCUGUGAAAACCCGGAGCUGUAUCUUGAAUCUCUACGUGCUAAACACAAAGAACUCAGUGAGAGAAUUGAGCAGCGAAAGCGACUGAAGACAAAUGGUAGCAAAACAAAUGGCAGUCAGAAUUUGAACGGAGCUGGUGGCCGUGGUGAGAGACUUAAUGCAGCUCAAAGGGAAAGGAUGCGCCUCCUUACCACAGCUGCGUUUGAUAGGGGAAAGGGUGAGGAUACUUUCGGAGCUAGAGAUGAGGACUGGCAACUCUACAAACUGAUGAGCAGAGACAAUGAUGAUGAGGAGGAUGAGGAGGAUGAGGCAGAACUAGCUCGUGUUACAUCUAGACUCCAGGACAUAGACCCAACAUAUAUCGGACCUCUCCAGCCCACAAACAUCUCACAGCCUGCACGCAUCACCCCACAAACUGCAGAAGACUUCCAGAUUGUUCUAGGUGUUGAGAGAUUCCGGUGCCCCGAGAUAUUAUUCCAGCCCCCCAUGGUUGGAGUUGAUCAAGCUGGCCUUGACGAAAUGGUUGGGGUCUUAUUCCGGAGGCUCUAUGGUGUCGAUGAUGCCAUGAAGGAAAGCAUCAGCAAUUCAAUCCUUGUCACUGGCGGGAGCUUGCUCUUCCCCGGUCUGGUCCCCCGUCUUGAAGCUGGGGUACGAAAAAUCCGACCUUAUCUUUCUCCCAUCAGAGUAGUGCGAGCCUCAGACCCCAUUUUAGAUGCUUGGCGGGGUGCAUCAGCCUACGCAUCUGCCUCACAAUUCUCUUCUCAGACUUUUAGCAGGGAAGACUACUAUGAGAAGGGGGAGGACUGGCUGAGGGGGUACCACAUCAAGUAUGAUCUCUGAUGCUAUGAUUAACAUAAACUUGUAGCUCUUGAGGAAUGAAUGGCAGUUCCCAGAGUUUCAUAGUCUGAUAACAUUGAGAAACUAAUCAAGUAUUCUUUGGUGUGUUUCAAAAGCGGAUGCCUGUCCCGUAAAGUAUAGCAUUGAGAAACUAAUUAAGUAUUCUUUGAGUGAGUUUCA